AUGCUUUCUACGUUCUGUUUGAUGGCCAGUGGCCACCCACUCGCGAAGUCCGCGUCAGGAACAUGGCUGAAGGGGCGCUCAGCCAUGGCGACACCAAACGAUAGCAGCAUAUUGAAGGCAUCUGGGAUCUGUUGCGACUAUCUUUACGUGCACCGGUCAUCAAUGAGAAGACCUCAUUAUCGCAAGGAGAGGAUUGUGAAGAACGCAGCUUUAUCAAUCAAGAGUUGCAACGUGCCAUGCGCGCCUAAGGCCUUCACGGGCUAUCGAGUGUCCAGCAAAGCUAUUGAUUACGGUGGCGAGUUUCGUUUUCAACUUGACACAAGUUCACACAUUUUUAUAUCGAUGAAAACCCAUCUAGGAUUCUUCGCAGUCGAGUAUCUAAAAUGGAAAUCUUCAAACUUCCAGAAUCUACUGAGAAGGAGAGUCUAA